CCCAAACGCUACGUGACUUUUUCCCUCCAGAUCAUCUUCUUUGAGGAGAGAAACUUCCAGGGCCGCUCGUAUGAGUGCGUCAGCGACUGCUCUGAGAUCACCUCCCACCUGAGCCGGUGCAGUUCCUGCAGGGUGGAGAGCGGGACGUUUGUGGUUUAUGACCAGCCCAACUACACGGGCCAGCAGUCCCUCCUGACCCGAGGAGAGUACCCCGAGUACCAGAAUACCAUCGGAUUCAGGGGCUGCAUCAAGUCCUGCCGCUUCGUCCCUGCGCACCGGGGACCCUUUAGGAUGAGGAUCUACGAGAAGUCUAACUUUGAAGGGCGGAUGCAGGAACUGACCGAGGACUGCGACUCCAUCCAGGACAGCUACAACAUGUCCGACCUGCAGUCCUGUGAUGUGAUGAACGGCCACUGGUUGAUGUUCGAGCAGCCAAAUUACAAGGGCAGGAUGUUUUACCUGAGGCCAGGAGAGUACAGGAACCUCCGAGACGUCAGCGGCGACAACCUGAGGUUCAGAUCAGUCAGACGCAUCACUGACUCCUAAACCAGUUGGGAUUGCUAAUUAGCUGAUCGGUUUAUAAUUCCGUUUUCCAAGUGAAGGCAAAACCAGAGGCCUUGUUUUGAUCCUGAAACUGUGAUUUGUACCUUUGUGCAUCAUUUGAAUGUAAAGGCAGUUGGCCUGUGCAAUUUACCUCGAAUUUUGUGAUGCGCUCAAUAAAUUUACCGCUUGCAA